AUGGAGGAAUGCGACCACGCUAGAGCCACUACUGUCAUGAUCAAGAACGUGCCGUAUCACUUUCAGUUUAAAGACCUGAUUUCGAUAUUGGACGAGCACUGCUUCCAGCAGAAUCAAAGUUCUCAGCGGGCAUCUUCUCUUUCCAUGUAUGAUUUCGUCUAUCUGCCAAUGGAUUACAAGAAAUUUGCAUAUGAGAAUAAGCAAUCGAAUCUGGGCUACGCCUUUGUGAAUUUCACCACAGCAAGAGCUGCGUUUCUUUUUUUCAAACGAUUCAAUCAACGUAAAUGGCCUGGUCACGAGAACUGGAAGUUCUGUGAGGUUGCGAAAGCCCAGAUUCAGGAUGCAGUGGCUGUUGUCCAGAGCCUCUCCGAUGUUUCCACUGUCUCCCUGGCAUUGAAACAGGCUUUCAUGGAAUCAGGAUUGAGUGAAGUAAUAAGCGGAAUGAAUGAUACGGGCACAAGGUUGAGGGGCUGA